AUGGAUUCGACGCUUCAGAACCGACUGUUCCCGGGUCUCACCAUCAAGAUCCAACGCAGUAAUGGUUUAAUUCACAGUGCCAAUGUAAGGACUGUCAGCAAAGAGAAAUCCUGUGUUUCAGUUGAAUGGAUUGAAGGAGAUGCCACAAAGGGCAAAGAGAUUGAUUUUGAUGAUGUGGCAGCAAUAAACCCAGAGCUCUUACAGCGUCUUCCCUUACACACAGAGGACAAUCUGCCCCUGAAGGAGAAUGUAACUGUUCAGAAGCAAAAACGCAGAUCAAUCAACUCCAAAAUUCCUGCUCCAAAAGAAGCUCUUCGUGGCCGCUCCACUCGCAUGUCCACGCUUGCAGAGUUUCGGGUCACCACUCAAGAGAAUGAUAUGGAGGUAGAGCUGCCCGUGUCUGCAAACCCUCGCAAGCAGCUGUCACUUCCCACUGGCCCCCCACGGCCCUCCUGCCAGGCAGUGGCUGAAAUACCAUUGACGAUAGUCAGCGAAGAGAUGGAAGAACAAGCCCAUUCCAUCCGAGGCAGCACUUCUGCAAACUCCGUAAAGUCAGUUCGGAGGAAAUCAUGUAUUGUGAAGGAAGUGGAAAAAAUGAAGAACAAGCGACAAGAGAAGAAGACCCAAAACUCUGAAAUGAGAAUAAAGCGAGCUCAGGAGUAUGACAGCAGUUUUCCGAACUGGGAAUUUGCCCAGAUGAUUAAAGAAUUUCGGGCUAAUUUGGAAUGUACUUCGCUUAAUAUGAUGGAUCCUAUUGAAGAGCACAGGAUAUGUGUCUGUGUUCGAAAACGCCCUCUGAAUAAACAAGAAUUGGCCAAGAAAGAAAUUGAUGUGAUUUCAGUUCCUAGCAAGUGUCUCCUCUUAGUACAUGAGCCUAAAUUAAAAGUGGACUUAACAAAAUAUCUGGAGAACCAAGCAUUCUGCUUUGACUUUGCAUUUGAUGAGACAUCUUCGAAUGAAAUUGUCUACAGGUUCACAGCAAGGCCACUGGUGCAGACAAUCUUUGAAGGAGGAAAAGCAACUUGUUUUGCGUAUGGCCAAACAGGAAGUGGCAAGACACAUACGAUGGGUGGAGACCUCUCAGGAAAAGGCCAGAAUGCAUCCAAGGGCAUCUAUGCCAUGGCCUCCCGGGAUGUCUUCCUCCUGAAGAAUGAGCCCCGCUACCGGAAACUGGACCUGGAAGUCUAUGUGACCUUCUUUGAGAUCUACAAUGGGAAGCUCUUUGACUUGCUCAACAAGAAGGCCAAAUUGCGUGUGCUGGAGGACGGCAAGCAGCAGGUGCAAGUGGUGGGACUGCAGGAACACCUGGUUAACUCUGCGGAAGAUGUCAUCAAGAUGCUCGACACAGGCAGUGCUUGCAGGACCUCUGGGCAGACAUUUGCAAAUUCCAACUCUUCCCGCUCCCACGCCUGCUUCCAGAUUCUUCUUUGAGCCAAAGGGCGAGUGCAUGGCAAGUUCUCUUUAGUAGACUUAGCAGGGAAUGAGCGAGGAGCAGACACUUCCAGUGCUGACCGGCAGACCCGUAUGGAGGGCGCAGAAAUCAACAAGAGUCUCCUGGCUCUGAAGGAGUGUAUCAGGGCCCUGGGACAGAACAAGGCUCACACCCCAUUCUGGGAGAGAAAGCUGACACAGGUGCUGAGGGAUUCCUUUAUCGGGGAGAACUCAAGGACCUGCAUGAUUGCUAUGAUCUCACCAGGCAUAAACUCCUGUGAAUAUACUUUAAACACCUUAAGAUAUGCAGACAGGGUCAAGGAGUUGAGCCCUCACAGUGGACCCAGUGGGGAGCAGCCAAUUCAGAUGGAAACGGAAGAGACUGAAGUCAGUUCUAACGGGGCCCCGAUCACAGGCAAUUUCUCCAAGGAAGAGGAGGAAUUGUCUUCUCAGAUGUCUAGCUUUAAUGAAGCCAUGACUCAGAUCAAUGAGCUGGAGGAGAGGGCCAUGGAAGAACUCAAGGAGAUUAUCCAGCAUGGGCCAGACUGGCUUGAGCUCUCUGAGAUGACCGAGCAGCCGGACUAUGACCUAGAGACCUUUGUGAAUAAAGCAGAAUCUGCCCUGGCCGUGCAAACCAAGCACUGCUCAGCCCUGCAAGAGGUCAUCAAAGCCUUACGCCUUGCCAUGCAGCUGGAAGAGCAGGCCAGCAGACAAAUCAGCAGCAAGAAACGUCCCCAGUGA